AUGACGGAGACCCUCCAGGGCUCGGCACCGGCCGCAACUCUCGAAGACCAGACCCUAUUGGUUUUUGCUCGUCUGAUGGAAGGCGGCCAGGAGGAUGAAGCGACAUGCAGAGAAUUGGACCAGCUGACAAAGUUAUUAAACGACGACGCCGAGUCGCAGGAAAAAGACGACCAGUACAAGACCAUAUGCAACGUCAUCGACAGCGAUUGCGUCGACACCGUCUUGUGUUAUCUCGAUAUGCGCCAGCCCGAUAUUGUGCGAGGCCAUGCAACUCUCGUCACCUCUGCCUAUCUCAAGGCCGCCGGAGAUGACGGAUCCAAGAAGUUGUCUGAAUUCUUCUUUGAGCGUGUCAAGAGGGGUACUUAUGACGACUACAUUGUAGCAUUCUGCGUCGCUUCAGCAACUUUCCCCAUCGUCCCGGAUUUGACCGCGCACUUGUUCUUGAGUGAAGGCUUUUUGAGUAGUCUUGGUCCACUUAUGAGGAGGGAGUGGAAGAGUCGUAAGGUUGAGACGGCCUGCUUGGAGAUGCUCAACGCAGCAUGCAUGAAUUCCAUGUGCCGCGAAGCUGUUCAGAAGUAUUGCGUCGAGUGGUUGGAGGAAGUCGUUGAUCAGGAUCCUACAGGUUCGACUGAUGGUCCCAACGGUGAACCCAAGGUUCAGGGCGAAGGCGGUUCCAUUUCCAUGAGACGACACUCGGAGCAGGUUCAGCAUUUGGCGGCUGUUAUUUUGGCGAAGCUUAGAGCAGUUCCUUCUAAGCCAUCGGUCAAUGAUCCCAACAGGCCCAGGAUCGAGCCAGCAGUAACCAGCAUCGAGGAUUUGUCGGGCAUCUUUACCAAAAUGAUACUACGAGAUGGCGACCACGGCAAGCAUUCCAUAGAGGGUCUUGCUUACGCCUCUUUGCAACCAAAGGUCAAGGAAAGCAUCAUCGCCAACGAGGCUCUUCUCAAGAAGCUAGUCAAGACUCUUACAGAAGCGCAACCGCGGUCACCCACCACCUACGGCGCUCUCAGCAUAUUUGUCAAUUUAACGCGGUACCGACCUGCGUUGUCAGAGGAACAGAAGAAGAUGAGCCAAUUGAAAGCCUAUGCGGAUGCCGCAGGGAAACUUGCCGGGCCCGACCCCUUAGAUGACGACGAACACGUCGCGAAACGUUGUCAGGCGGUUUUUAGUGUCGGCCUCAUUCCUGUCCUUGUCACCCACAGCAAGAACGGCUCCCCUGCAUCCUUGAGCCUCAUCACUUCCAUCAUCAACUCCAUCGCAGUUACAACAUCUCUGCGGGGACCGCUCGCGCAACAGGGGGCGGUGAAACUGCUUCUUGUAGCGUGGGUUACCAUCCCUGAUACAGAUGAAGUGUCCCGGCGGACAGCAGCCCAGGCACUCGCUCGAAUUCUGAUUAGCACCAACCCUGCUUUAGUAUUUGGAGGAAACCGAUCGAAUCCAAUCAACGCCGCCAUCCGGCCCCUAGUUUCUAUCCUGCCUCCUGACCCAGCUGCCGAGACCAGAGAUCUGUUGCCUACCUUUGAAGCACUCAUGGCAUUGACGAAUCUCGCCUCGUUGGAUGAAGGCGAUACGCGGAGUAUCAUCAUCCGUAUGGCAUGGCCCCACGUUGAAGAGCAACUUGUAUCGUCGAAUAAACUCGUUGCCAAGGCUGCUGUCGAACUUGUCUGUAAUUUAAUGCAAGCACCCGAGGGAAUAGCCCUCUACGCAGAUGGAAGCCCACAGUCCCGAACCCGUCUACACAUCCUGUUGGCCCUAGCUGAUGCCGAGGACGGAGGAACUCGAAGCGCCGCAGGCGGAGCCCUGGCUUCUCUUACCGGAUUCGAAUCAGUCGUGCGAUAUGUUGUGCAACGGGAGAGAGGGGUCAAGGUUAUUCUUGGCAUGUGCAAUGAUCCCGACGAGGGAUUGAGACACCGUGGUGUGGUGACUGUGCAUAAUUUGGUCACGGCCGAAGGGGAAGCAGGGCAACUGGCGAAGAACAAGGUCAAGGAUGAGAAUGGCGUCGAGGCACUGAAGCAGUGUUUGAAGCAGAGCCGGCGGCCGGAGGUGUUACAAAUUACUGUGGAGGCGUUGAAGGUCCUGCUGGAUCAAAAGUAA